CAAACACUCUGGGAACCGCAUUGAACGUGAUUUACCUACGGAACAAAUCUGAUCUUGUAACGUGUUUCCACAUUGCCGAAGAUGGGUAAUCCGCUGAAAACCCCAAUUAGCAUAAGUGAGCUGCUGAACGGCGGGACAGAGUUUUCUCUCGAUGCCGACUUCAAAAGCGACGCCGCUGGAGAUGAGCUCUUCCUCGACGACGAUUACGGCAGUUCGGACGAUGACGAGGAGCGCUACAAGCAGCUACUAGCGCCAUGGGACCGUAGCUUCGCGGAAUUGCGCACGACAAUGGUUCCGGUGUCCGAGCUGAUCUACAAACGCAUCGCAAGGCGGGGCGUCGGAGAACCGAUCAAGGGCAACAUCUGCGUCACCAUCGAUUACAAUGCCUUUUUCGAGAACGAAAAAAAGCCAUUCGAUUCGACGACGCUCAGGAGUACCCCGUACCAGUUUACGGUCGGCAAAUGCCCAGUCCUGCCCGGGUUGGAGCAGGCCGUGCAGACGAUGUGUGUCGGCGAGGAGGCACAGUUUGUGAUCUCCUAUCAAUUGCUGUUCGGCGAGUUGGGCUGUAUGCCACGGAUUCCUGCCAAAGCGGACGGCUUGUUUGUGAUCAAGCUGAUAAGCUGCGUGGAUGUGGGCGAUGCCGAUGCGCUGGCCAAGCUGGACGAGGAGGGGCGCCGCACGUACGCCGUGGUGAAGCAGAAGGUGGCAGAGAUUCGUGCCUACGCCAAGAAUUGCUUCCAGCGCAAUAUGUUACCGAACGCAACGAACAAAUACCUUGAGGCCGUCGAUACGUUGAAAGGUUGCCAGCUGAAGGAUGAGCAGGAAGAGAAGGAGCAACGGGAGACGCUCGUUGCUCUGUACACCAGUUUGGCUGUGUGUUUCAACCGGAGGGACAUGCCCAGGGAUGCCUGUCGCAUGGUGAACGAUGUGCGGGCGUUGUGCGAUGUGAAUCGGAUGGCGAAGGUCCUCUACCAGGAGGGCAAGGCUUUGUACAAGCUGGGUGAAUACGAUCGGGCGCGCAAGUGCCUGCUGCGCGCGCAGAAGCUUGAACCGCGCGACGAGAACAUUCAGAAGGAGCUGAAAAGCCUGCACGAAAGCACCGAGAAGCACAAGAAGGAGGAGAAAAACAUCUGGACCCGAGCGUUUGGCAUGGCCGAAACGAAAAAGAAGGGCAUGACGGCGGAAGAGCAAUCGUUUGCGGACUCGGUGAAGCAAACGAUGCGCCUAUUUCUGGACGACGAAAAGUGCACGAUGAUGCCGCUUCCGGAAGGGUUAAGCGAAGGGGAAGUCGGCGUUCUGGAGGAGCUGGCCAAAGAGUUCGACAUAAAGUUGCGACUGUACGUGGACAACAACCGAAAGCACUACAAAUUCCAAAAGAAAUGAUCUUAAUUUUAAACUCAAUGUAACUUUGCUUCGCAUUGUAACAACGUAUUACAUCGUACAUCUUAAGCACCAUUUUACGAAUUUCGCAAGCCAUUUUAACAUUAUGCAACUUAACUCCCAAUGUAGUGAUAUUUUGAACACAAUUGAAUGUAAUUCAAUCAUAUACUGGAAAUGAAGAUGGGUUGGUGAGGUUCUUGGGGGAAACCCUCCUCAAACAACUGGACAA